AUGACUGAAUCAAACAAAAAUUCUGACAAUAUCAAUACUCAAAUUGAUUACACGACACCAACACCACGUUUCUCAGUAACGAAUGAUAAUACAUUAAAGAAUGGUCUAGCUUAUAUGAUGGAGAACGGCUAUGCUGUUAUUAGCGAUAUCCUGAAUCAAGAUGAAAUUAUUGAAAACAAGAAUUUAUUAUGGAAGUUUCUUGAAAAUGCUGGCGAUGGUACCAUACGACGAGAUGAUCCUGAGACAUGGUCAAAUGGAUGGCCAAGUUUCAGUACUCACGGUGUCAUUUGUGGAUAUGGUAUUGGUCAAUCUGAUUUGCUGUGGAAUGUUCGAUCAAAUCGAAAUGUGAAAAAAGUCUUUUCUCAUAUGUGGAAUGACCAAAAAUUGCUGGUUUCUUUCGAUGGAUGUGGUGUGUUUCGUGAUUGGCGUUAUAAUUCAACAUGGAAAACAAAUGGUGGUUGGAAUCAUGUAGAUCAAAAUCCAAAAGUAAAACCCGAUCAAUGUUGCGUUCAAGGUUUGGUUUCAUUAACGGAUCAAAGCGAAAAAACCGGUGGUCUUAUUGUUUAUCCACGAACACAUUUACGUUUUACUGAAUUGUCUGAUGUGACAAAAAAUUCCAAUGACUUCGUCCGAGUUUCUGACGAUCAUCCAAUUAUGAAUCAAGGUAAAACGCUUGGUAAACUUGUACAUUGUCGAGCUGGUGAUCUUAUCAUUUGGGAUAGUCGUACUGUUCAUUGUAAUUCACCAGCAACUGCACCCGAAGAACGCAACAAAAAUGAACCUGUCGAUCUUUUACGUAUCGCUGUAUAUGUUUGCAUGAGUCCAAUUUCUUUGGUACGUGGUCAAACACUUGAUGAAUUUCGAGAAAAACGAAAACAAAUGGUAGAAAAUAACUGUACUCUAACACAUUGGAGUACAGAACUUGUUUUAGGAGGUGGUGUCAAUGUUGAUUUACCCAAAGUAUCACUCGAUAAAUUCGAUGCUUAUCAAAAAGCUCUUAUUUUUGGUCUUGGGGAUAAUAAUGAGGAAUAA